UGUGCUGUAUCCACAGUAAUAGCGCCCCCAUUCUGUCUGUUUGUUGCAGCAGUCUGAACAGUGUGAACAGCAGCGACUCUCGCUCCAGUGGCUCUCACUCUCAUUCGCCCACGUCUAAUUUCCGUUUCCGAGCGUCUUCGUCCUCGUCUUCGUCUCUUCUCCUUCAGCAAACUCCUGCUCGACUGUCCUCCGUCUCGUCUCACGACUCCGGCUUUGUGUCGCAGGACGCCUUCCAGUCCAAGUCCCCUUCCCCCAUGCCUCCAGAGCCAGCACAGUUACACAAUGGUUUCGACCAUCACGCUGCCCUCUGCCUGCACGGCGCAGUACUGCAGGCUCAGAAUACUCCCCUCCACCCUCCAUACUUCACCUCCACCUCUCCCAUCUCCUCGCCCUCCUGUUCGCCCGUUUCUCCCACAUGGCCGUGGUCGCGUUCGGGAGACUCGGGAGAAUUCUCCCAGGGAACAAACCCGACCUGCAGAAUCCUGACCUGGAAGGACUGGACCAAACCAGGUCCAUACGAUCAGCCCAUGGUCAACACUCUGAGGAGGAGCAGAGACAGGAGAGAGACAACAGAGGGCGCUGAUGUCACUGCUCCAGGGGAGGAGCCACAAGGGGUGAAAGGAGGUCAUGUUCUGACAUCACCAAAGGAGGACAGAGAAGCCCAUGAGGAGUUGGCCAGAGUUCUGGCCCGAGGUCUUCAUCUGGACAUACACGGCUCCUGCAGAGACUCACUGCAGAGCUCGAGCGGCUACAGCAGCCAGACGAACACCCCCUGCUGUUCAGAGGACGCCAUCCCAGCACAAGUGUCAGACUGCGACUACUACACCGUGGGCAUGGAUCAGGAGCAGCAGUCAUCGUCAGACUACGAUAAAUCCUGCACCAUCCCAAGAAACAGCGAUGUCAGCCAGUCGUACCGUCGCAUGUUUCAGUCCAAGCGUCCCGUGUCCACGGCCGGUCUGCCCUCCAACCCGUCCACUGUCGUCACACCCGGAGUCGCCACCAUACGACGGACGCCGUCCUCCAAACCCAACCUGCGGCGACCGUCCGGAGGCCUCAGCCUGGGCCCCAUCCCCAUCAAACCUCCCAUGAUCCCUGUGAAGACCCCGACUGUGCCCGAACACCCCGGGUUCCCUGGCAGGUCCGUGUCGGAGGAUGGCAGCUCACUACGGACUCAGCUCAGUCCUCUGACGCCCGGACUGCUAUCACCAAAGACCAGUCCCUCCGACAAGGGGACGGAUCCUCCGACACCACCACCACCACAGCCCGGCGGGCGGGUGCCCGAGCGGGACCGCCAGCCUCUGCCAGAACUCCUGGAGGAGACAGAGUACGGCGAGGUGGAGGAUUAUCUGGUGGCCAUCCGACGAGGAGUGAAACUCAAGAGGACGACGACCAAUGACCGAUCAGCGCCAAGGGUUCACUGAGAGACACGUGGACGUGGACAUUUUGUGUCCCUGGGUCAAUUUCAGGAUGUCGACUCUUGAAGGGACACAAAAUGGCCACCGCUGAGUGAAUGUUAAUGGGAACUGUGACACUAUCGCAAUCAGGUUGGACAUUCUGGAAAGAUUGUGCCGGGACAACGCAAAUCCGCCGCAGGACUCAAACUAGCCAGAAUGUUCUAUUGUUACGGAUCAGAACCAAAACCAAAACAAAUAUUGGAUGAGGACGUGGACUCGUACAUGGUCAAGGAUUUGUCAAAGCUGUUGGUCAGAAAAGCGAAGAGCGUUCCUUCUUUUGAGAGAAACUCAUUUGUCAAACUUGAAAAAUCCGAUGUAAGACCUGAGAUAAUUCUCUCACGGAAACGUCGGAACUGACGAGAAAUGAUCGAAAGACACGUACGAGAACUUUUCGUCGCAAACUGACUGAAAAAUGGAAGUGAUGAAUAAAAACGUGAAAAACAUUAAUUGUAAAUACACAUUUAUAAUUUGACGUGUUUGUACGAUGUUUUAUUCGGGGUGUCAUAUUUUAUGCCCCAUUGUUCUCCAGUUUUCCUCUGAAGGUGCCAAACGCUCAUGUGCCACAGUUUUUAUUUAAUUGGAUUUUCUGUUGAAGAAAAAAACAAAAAAAACGUGAUCUUACUGCACAGGUUACAGGUCAAGUUGCAGUCGUUAACAUCACACGUACAAGUAUUUUUACAUGCGUGUUGUUCCGCAGUUUAUUGCAGUUCAUCCCAGUAUCCAAAACUCCAAACUUUCGACGCAUUACAACUUUCUUUUGUAAAACAAGAAUCAAAAAUAUUUUAGCAUCUGUUAAAAAUCGUGGAUCAGUAUUUUUUCACUACAAAUUUAAACAAAAUAAAACUUGACCAACGUUAGCUCCCGUUAUAGAUUCUGUGAGUCGUUCUUCUUUCAACACGUCGUGAACUUUCCACCAAAUGUAGCAACUGUACAGAGCGUGUUAGCAUACGUGGUCAUGAUAGAAAACCGUUGCGACUUAGGAUGUUGUGAAUGUGAGUAAAGUGUGUUAAAGUUAAAGCGGCAGUAUCAGGAAAACGUGCUACAAUUGCGAUAUAUUGCGACAUAGCGUCCUGUAGUGCCUCGAAAUUUGCGCAAGAAAUCAAGGUAGAAAACGGUAAAAAGAGCCGCAAUUUCUUGCUACUACAAUGAAAAACGUUAUUUUGACUGGGUUCUAAAAAAAAACUGUUACGUAUAUUAUAUAUCAUUAGCUUAACAUUUAUAUUCAAGUCAAUGUAUUUAAGGCAGUUUGUGGAUGCUAGCAACGUAGCACAAGAUGAGCGAGGAAUCAUAUCUGUUUGCUAAACACAAUUCUAAGCUAGGUCUCCAUAAACCGCACCCUGUGAGAUGCUAGCUGUGGCUAAAGUGACUGUGACAACUGUGUACGAACUACUCAUGUAAUAAACGCAACCCAGCAAGCUUGUUCAUGCUAACUGUCAAGUAGCCCGUGUUAACGUAUUAGUGGCGUGGGGGGGAUUAGCAUAGCGAGCUAUAAUACACAAAUAAAUCCACCCCUGUUGCUACUUAGACACGCGCAGAAUAUAGAUGUAUCAUGUCCCCACCCCUUUUUUGUGUGAUAACGUCUGACUUGGCGGUUGAAGUAUGAUGAGUCAUACAGAUAGCAAUCUAAAAUAUUAUAAAUUAUUAUUAUUACUAAUAAUAACAUGGAAGAACAGCACCGCCCAGUGGCUGGAGGUGGCGUUGCCCACAGUUUAUCGCGCCACAAAUCUCAGAUUUUUUUGCAGUUCUUCAGAGGAGCGUACCUAUUUUUUUUGGAUAAACAAAGAGACACAGCAUCUUUUCAUCGUAGCGACCUUUUGGGUUUUCACCCAGAAGGGGGUGUGGUCUUUCAGGCAAAAAAAAAGUGACAUACAAAAUGUCUGCUCUCAUUUUUUUAUUACUAUAUUUAUUCAAAUUAAUGUUUUUAAUUUUUAUUUUUCUGUCGUAAACCACGUUUCUAAACUGUAUUGAUUGCGUUAUAUCUAUAAUGUUAUGUUAAAGCUAUAAUAUAUAAUACAAUGUUAUUAUGAUUUUUUAGUAAUAGCAGCAAUUUUUUUUGUCUGCGUCAAAACAAAGAUCGUCCGUUAUCGUUAACGAUUUUUCUUAAUCUAUACGCGUUUCACAUGUUGGAACUUCUCGACUGUGUUGUGACGCCGAUGCGUUUUUAACGACGUGUGUGAAGCUGAACGUUCGAGUCUGCGACAAAUCUGUAACUUGCGUUUUUAAUCAUGCUCGCUGAGAAUCACUAGAAAUAAUUCACUCAAAUUAUUUUACCGAUUUUUCCCUUCGUCAAUGUUGAGACAAGUUGCCAAUUUUUUUUAUAGUGUAAAUGCAAAACAACGCUUUGUUGUACAAUUAUCAUUAUUAUUAUUAUUGUUAUUAUUGUUAUAUUGGACGUUCUUAUUCAGUUGUGGUUUUUCCUGGUUUCCUUUCACUGAUUAACUUUGUGCCAAAUUUUUUAUUUUUACCUCAAAUUGAUAACGUCAAUAAAAUUUGAGCUGUUGUUUUCCUUUUGUUAAAUUAUUAUAAUCACUGAUGAAAAACAGUUCAAAGCUUCUGAAAUCAACUUAUUUUUUGUUGUCAAUGUUUUAGAUUUUUUUAAAGACACUUUACAACCGAAAAGUGAGAGAAUUAUAAAAUAUUGAAUUUAAUCAUUGACUUUGUUUACAUCAGCACAUGAAUGUCAAGUGGUUUUGAUGAAAUCUGUCAGAUUUUGUUCAUAAAACGUUUGACCAAUGAGAAAAAAACAAACACAAAAUUGAAUCCAAAGAAUUUAAAAACUAUCGUCACACGAUGUCACAUUUCUGUUGAACUGUUGUUCAUGUUUAUUCAUGUUUCAUUUCAACUGUCUCUUAUUUCCUAUGUAAAUAAAUAGUUUUUGGUUCAAUAAUAAAAUUCGUAGCAGACAAAGUG